AUGGAUAGUAGAACUAAAGAGUGGUGGAUGUUUGCCAAAUGGAGUGAUGAAUAUGAGCGGGGAGUAGAUGAAUAUGUACAAAAGGCUUUUGCUUUUAAGUCUCAAGGAAAUCAAAUUUGUUGUCCUUGUGCAAGUUGUCAUUAUUGUUUUUGGCGUCAUGAAAGUGUUGUGAGAGAUCACCUUAUUUGUAAUGGUUUUGUUCCUCGAACGGAUAAGUUAUCAGAGUUAGGGAUCAACAUUAUCAUUGAAAGGGAACAAACUAUUUUGGAUAAUGAUGAAGGGUCAAACCCAAAUGAUUUUAAUGAUAACAUAGUAGGGUUGUUGCAUGAUGCACAAGAUGCUUUUAUAAAUGGGCCAAAUGACGAGGCAAAAAAGUUUUAUAAGUUAGUUGAAGAGGGCCAGGAAGAAUUGUAUGUCGGUUGUAAAAAUCAUUCAAAACUUUCCUUCAUGAUCCGACUUUUUAUUUUGAAGUGUGAUCAUAAGCUAACUAAUGCUGCUUUUGGAGAUAUAUUGGAGCUUAUAAGGGAGGUGUUACCUGAUGCAAAACUGUCAGCUUCUUUUAAUGAAGCAAAAAGUGUUUUGAAAGUGUUGGGGUUGGAUUACACUAAGAUAGAUGCAUGCCCAAAUGAUUGCAUGAUAUACUGGGAAGAGCAUGAAAAUGCAACAAGCUGCCAUGUUUGUGAGACGCCAAGAUGGAAAUCAACUGACACAGAGAAUGGCAUACAAAAUGAAAAUGGAAAGACGUAUAGGAUUCCUCAAAAGAUUCUUAGGUACUUUCCAAUAAAGAAAAGGCUUCAACGGCUAUUUAUGUGUCAAGAGACGGCGAGAUACAUGACUUGGCAUGCUAAUGAGCAUGAAAAUGAUCAUCUUUUACAUCAUCCAGUUGAUGGUCAAGCUUGGAAGGAAUUUGAUUCUUUAUAUCCAAAGUUUGCUGAAGACCCACGCAAUGUGAGGCUUGGGUUAGCCACAGAUGGAUUUAGCCCGUUCAACUCAAUGAGCAUUGUCCAUAGUACAUGGCCAGUUAUGUUGAUUAAUUAUAACUUGCCUCCUUGGAUGAUUAUGAAGCCCGAGUAUUUGAUGCUAGCCUUACUGAUUCCCGGCCCGUCUUCCCCUAGCAAUGACAUUGACAUGUAUUUGCAGCCACUUAUUAAGGACUUAAAGGAUUUGUGGGAGUUUGGGUUGGAAACUUAUGACGCUUCGACUAAUCAAAGGUUUGACAUGCAUGUAGCAUUGAUGACUACUGUGAGUGAUUUUCUGGGUUAUGCAAUGUUGUCUGGGUGGAGCACAAAAGGAUACUUGGCAUGCCCUGAAUGUCAUUACGAAACAGAUUUAGAGUGGUUGCCUUGUAGUGGUAAGAAUGUGUAUAGGUCAAAUCGUAAAUUUUUGGAUCCAUCUCACCCUUGGCGUCAUGAUAAGAGGAAUUUUGACGGAAAACUUGAGGAAAGAUGUCAACCUAUUCCAUUGAAUGGAAUUGAUAUUGAGAAUAUGUUGCGUGAUUUUCCAAAUGCAUUUGGAAAGAAGCAAAAGAAACCAAGGCGUGAUGUGGAUGAUCCGACUCCGUGGAGAAAGAAACCCAUAUUUUUUGAGUUGCCAUAUUGGAAGCAUUUCUCUAAUCGCCAUAAUCUUGAUGUAAUGCAUAUUGAGAAAAAUGUCUUUGAUAAUGUCAUUGCGACAUUAUUAGACAUUUCUCAGAAGAUCAAGGAUAAUGUGAGUGCUCGUCGAGAUUUGGUAGAACUUAAUCUGAUGCCAGAGCUCCAACCAAUAGAAUUGGAAGAUGGUAGUGAAGAAUUUCCAAGAUCUCGCUUUUGGAUGUCAUUGGAGCAAAAGUGUAAGUUCUGCCUGGUUAUAAAAAAUGCUAAGCUUCCUCAAGGUUAUGCUUCCAACCUUAGUCGUUGUGUGCAAGUUGGAAAAAGGAAAAUAGCAGGCUACAAAAGCCACGAUGCUCAUUUUAUGAUGAAUUAUCUUCUUCCAAUUGCUGUGAAGAAAACAUUACCCAAAGAUGUUGCUAGUCCUUUGAUAAGACUUUGUGCUUUUUUCAAAGGUAUAUGGAGUAAAACUAUUGAUCCUCGAGGUCUUGGAAAAUUGCAAUCCGAGAUAGUUGAAACUCUAUGCCUACUUGAGAGGAUUUUUCCACCUACUUUUUUUUAUAUAAUGGAACAUUUACCCAUACACUUAGUAGACCAAAUUAAGUUGGGUGGACCUGUGAGUUCAAGGUGUAUGUAUGGAAUUGAGAGGAAUCUUCAUGAAAUGAAACAAGAUGUUGGAAACAAGGCUCGCCCAGAAGGCUCAAUGGCAGAAGGAUACCAAGCUAAAGAAUGUGUUGCUUUCAUAGCUAGAUUUUUGAAACGAUCAAGCAAAGCCACACCCGAAGUUAAUGAGUGUGGUACCUCAAAAUCAUUUUUCCCUAAGGUAGGACGUCCUAUCAAAGGAAAAGGAAGGACCUCAAAGAAAAAAAAUCGUGGACACAUAAUUGAUCGCAUUACAUGGGCACAAGCGCAUCGUUAUGUCUUGUUCAAUUGUGAUUGUGAAGAAGUUGAGAAAUAUAUAAGUGAGCAUAAGAUUUUUGUAAGUGCUAAAAGGAAAAGAAAAUGGAAAAGUGCUCAAGACCAUAGCAAGGAUUUCAUGGAUUGGUUUAGGGAGAAAGUUGAUUUGAUUCUUAAACAAGGCCAUGAUAAUAUCCAGGACCAUAUUUUGUGGUUAUCAAAAGGUCCCUCUUAUGUUGCCAAAAAGCACACAGGGUACUCAGUUAACGGCUAUAGGUUUCAUACCAUGAAGCAAGAUGCAAACUGCAUGAAACGGAGUAGACCCAAAGUUGCUGCUUCCAAAAAUCAGCUUACAGAAUAUGAGCUGCAACGGCUUCAAAAACUAAAAUUCAAUGCAGAAAGAAUGGAAGCCUUAGGAUCGGCAUCUCUUGCUAAUAAGAUUCUUGAAGACAAAACAAAAGCCUUAUUUUGUCCAAGUGCAAUGCAGUACACCAGAAAAUGA